CAUCAUUUCUUGAAAUUUAUCUUUAACAUAUGUAUAUACUCCCACAUGAGUGAAAUAACCUGCAUUCAAGGUUUUUAUAUUGUAGCAUUUUUUUUUACCAUGACAAAAGAUUUAAAACCAUUUCAAUGCUUGUCAAUAGGGGCCUGGUUAAGAUAAAUAAUGAUUCACUCAAACAAUGCAAUAUUAUUUAGCUGUUUCUAAAAUAAUUGAAGAUAAGUUCUUUAUGUAUAGAUCUGGAAUAAUUUCUAUACAAAACUAAUAAUUGAAAAAAGUAAGUGCAGAAUAACGUGUAUAGCAUAUUAGUAUUGGCAUAAAAAUGAUAGGGGGGCUUCUAUUCUCUUGUAUGUGGAGAAUAUAUUGAAUAGACCACCUCUGAAUGGACAGCCAAGGAACUAUUAAUAAUACUAUACUAAUAAUAUUAUCCCAGAAGAAAAAUGAGUGGAUGGGGGAUAGAUAUUAGAGGAAUAUUUUUCUGUGUAGCUUUAUACCUUAUAAAUGUUGAAGAUAUGAAAGUAUUGCAUAUUUUCAAAAUUAAAUGAAAGCUAAAUUCAAAAACCAUCUACAUUUGUGCCCAGCCUUCUCUAGAGUUAUUAACUCUUGAAAUACAGUUUCCUAUUUUAGAUACUUCUUGCCCACCACACAAUAUUGCAGAGAAGGAACCAAUGAGAUAAUAAAUAUGAAAUCACUUUGUAAACUUUAAGGGACUACACAAAUGCAAAAGAAAACAGUAUUGACUAAGCCUGAGUCCCUGCUAUGAAAUGUAUACUUGACAUGCUAAUACUUUUGUUGAUAUUCAUUGCUGAAUACUGAAAAUUUAAUGUUACACAAAUUCUAACUCAUUUAUUUGCUAAGGAUUUAUUCUUGCUCCUAAGAGUUAUGUUAAAUUUGAACAAAAAUAGGAACUUACCUCAUGACAUUCAAUGUUCAAAAAUAGUGACGUGUAACUCAAUACAUUUAAUGUACUAAGAAAGUUUGCAGUCUCAAAGAACUCUACUAUGAAUAUGUGCUUACAUGGGAGAGAACUUUCAUAAAAUAAAGUUAUCCCAAUCAUAAGGGUGGUUGUGUAUCAAGUGAAUGCAAAUUUCCAUACAUUUAAUUUCCACAGAAAGAAAGAGAUGCCCUAUAUACCUUCUCUAAUGGGGAUGUUAAGUAGGAUUCAUUUGUCUUGCCAGUUCCUGUUGAUUAAUUAAUGGUGUUUGCUUGGAUCACUCUGUUGGACAAGACUAUGAGGUGAAGUCUGGACUUUGUGGGAAAGAAUGCUGCAAUAAUUAUGUCUGCCACAUAUAUGAGAGUGAGGAAUGGUGAGAAGAGCCAGGAGUAGUCACACCAUACCAAGAAGAAAAGAGGUGUUCCCCUCCGUACAAUUCCCUAGCAGGAGGAAAGGAUGACUAAAUGGAACAACAGCCUGUUUGGAGCCCCGUUCAGCGAGGCGGCCGCGGGCUGCCCCGAGUCGCUGUCCACCGCUGAAGCGCCGGCCGAGGGUGCGGCGCUGCCCGCCUGGAUGCGCCUCUACUUCUACGGGAUGCACGGGAUCACCCUGGACGUGCUCGUGUCCUCGGUUCGGCGCUUCGCUCGCAGCCCGGACCUCCGGAUGCUGGGCUUCUCCUCGCCCUACCGCUGCCUCCUGCACUCGCUCACCCACUUCGCGCUGGAGAAGGUCUACCUGCAGCAGCGGCGCUGUCCCAGCGCCUUCGUCUUCAACUUCCUCCUCUACCCGUCGGCUCACGUGGGGCUGCAGACCCUGGCAGGCCAGGCGCUGCUGCUCGGCCUGGGCGGCGGAGCGGGGGGCGCAGCGGCGCCGGGGGCGCUGGACCUGGCGCUGCAGUACGUGCUGGCGCUCUACCACUGCCGAGUGUUCCUGAAGCGCUUCCUGCGCCUGCGGUACCCGCGGCUGCAACAGCGGAGGGGCGCGCUGCCCGCCCCUCCUGGGACCAGGGCCGCUGCGGCGGCCAGUGCCCGGCGGCGACGACCCCGCGGCCCCAGGGGCGCCGGGGGAGCCCCCAGCCAGGGGUUGCCAGACUUGCUCCGCUUCCUUUUCUUCGGAAUGCAUGGCUUUCUAGAUGAGAUCUUCUUCACCUUCUUCUUUAACCUGCUGGGGCAAGGGGACGGAGCAACCAGUGGCCACACUUCGCUCUGGUCCUUCCUCAUGUAUGGCAGCUGCAGUUUCGUGGUGGAAAAGCUCUACUUCCACCUGCACUACAGCCGCGGUUGGGGCACCUGGAAGCGGGUGCCCGUCUACGUGAUCUUCAUCUACGCGUGGGAGCUGUCCUGGGGUCUGGGACUCCGCACGUGCGGGGCUUGUUCCUGGGACUAUUCUCACUACCCACUCAACUUCAUGGGCCUCAUCACUCUGAUGUAUUUACCUGGUUGGAUAUUCCUUAGUGUGUACCAGGACCUACUUUCCAACGUGUCGUAGUUGGUACGGUACCUUCCAACUAAGACCGGGGGCGGAGGAGGGGGGAGGAAAAAGAAAAGAAAGAAGAAAGUCACUGGAUUCCCACAAAUGAAUGCAAUUUAUUUUUACACGUUUAAAACAGAGUGGGUUUUUUAG